CAGGUCCGUCAUCAGCGUGACGUGCUCUGGCACGUGCCCGGGCCGUCCCAGCCGCACUCGAAGCGGAAACCGUCACUGACACUUUGCGGGUGUCGUCGUCGUUUCGGGCUGAAGGUUCCAUGUCAUGGACAACGCAUCUCACGGCGGCUGCCUGCCUCCUCGCGCUCCUCGCGCUCUACAUCUACAUCAAUGAUCGCCGGCUGACAGCCAUCCCGCCAGCCGCCCUCGCCGUCUCGCCGACCCGCUGCACCGUCGAGGAUGUGUGGAAGAUGGACGCGCGCCUGCGCGCUGCGCCCGUGUCGAAUGCGGGCCAGAUCCCGCCGCGGACGGGCAGGCGCUACAUCGUUGUCGGCGGCGCUGGGUUUCUCGGCGGGUGGAUCGUCAGGCAGCUGCUGGACCGCGGGGAGGAGCCGCGGCGCAUCCGCGUGCUCGACCUCCGCCCGCCCGCUCGCGCUGACCUGACGACGGGCCGCGGUACCGCCGUGCACUUCAUGCAGGUGGACAUCUCCGACGGCGACGCCGUGCGCGCGGCGUUCGCCGCGCCCUGGCCGGAGGGCGCCCCGGACGCGGGGCUCACCGUGUUCCACACCGCGGCGAACAUCCGGUUCUUCGAGAAACGCCGGUCGCUGCUCCCGAAUUCGGCGCGCGUCAACGUCGCGGGCACGCAGCACGUCGUCGACGCCGCGCGGGCCGCCGGCGCGGGCGUCCUCGUGUACACGUCGAGCGGAUCCGUGGCGGUGAAGAUCAACCGGUUCCUGCUCUGGCCGUGGGAGCGCGAGCCCGCGAUGUUCGUGCAGGCGAUCAACGAGGACGAGGCGCUGGUGCCGACACGCCACGAGCAGUUCUUCUCCAACUAUGCGGCGACCAAGAUCGUUGCGGAACGGCGGGUCAGGGCAGCUGACAAAACGCCAUCGGGGCAGACAGUGCUGAGGACGGGGUGCCUGCGCCCGGGGAACGGCAUAUUCGGGCCUGGUGGCGAUAUGCUGUGUGGCGCCUACCUGGUGCGGCAAGUUAAUCCGACAUGGCUGGACUCGGUCGUCCAGAACUUCACGUAUGUGGAGAACGCCGCGGUCGCCCAUCUAUUGUACGAGCAGCGGCUCCUGGAACUGGAGAACGGCGGACGCAACCCCGACAUCGGGGGCCAAGCGUUUGUGAUCGCGGAUCCGGGGCGGCCCCCGACGUACGGGGACGUCUACCUCACCCUGUCUACACUGAUGGACGGAGAGACGACAUUUCCGUUCCUUUCGCCGACCCUCAUGAUCCUGCUUUCACACGCCAUCGAGUGCUACUAUCUCUCGCGCCCGCGCCUUGUCAGCGCCCUGCCCUUUCUGAAGCACAUCCUCCCGCCGCUCGCGGGCGAUCUAGUCAAUCUCCAGCCCCCGCUGUUCAACCUCGUCAACGUGCAUCUCGUCUUCGACGACUCGAGAGCCCGCCUUCCGCCGGAAAAAGGCGGGCUCGGGUACAAGGGCGCGUGGACGACGUUCGAGGGGCUGCACAAGACGGUCGUCGAGCACAAGCGCGGGGCGCUGCGCUCCGAGCAGCGUUCCGACGUUGCAGGGAUCAGUCUGGGCUUCGGGCUGGGCAAGGCGCAGAAGGCCGUGGGCAGGAUGGGGAAGAAGGUGGAGGAGACGGUCGGCGUUGACCCGGUAUAUGUUUUGGGCUCGACGUAGCGUAGAUGAUGAUCGUGAUGGGCCCUUCGAGCAACUUGUCUUUGAAUUUCUCACCACCAGUCUUUUGCUGUUUGUUUCAGAAAAUCUGUCUUACUUACGCGAUUGCGGGAGCACGGAAACAGUGAAUCUGUCUCAGGCCUCCUCCAAUAAGGAGCGAAUGAGACUGGAGUCCCGAAACAUGCGGAUAAAGUCUCGGUCAACCAAGACACGGAGUAAAGCCUGGGUAUAAAGCGCCUGCAGUGCGCACUGGACUCCCUACUCCAGCCACCAUGCCGUCCAAUACCAAGACAAUGAAAGCCUCCUCUUCCUCCAACGUCGUCGCUGCGGCCCAGCGCACGUACGCCUCCCUCCUCACCGCCUUCGCGCGGAAAAACGCCCCCGCCUACGAGGAGAGGACGGCGCGUAACCUUCAAGUAGCGGGUGGCACGCAGAGGGCCGCUCCACAAAAAUACACCGCAAACCCCGCCCCACACGCGGGGCUGAGACACCGCCCGAUGCGCACGUCC